UUCAAAACAAAUUUCGAUUCUAAUCAUGGAGUGUUUACGGCCUAAUUGGUUGAAACUUUACAACUAUCCAACUUCUACAAAAAUCAGAUUUCGAUUUCCCAUAUUCCUUCAUCACCAAGAACGCAUCAAAAUCCCAAAUCUCCUUCCAUGGCGGACUCCGACAACGACUCUGCCGGCGGCAACCACAAAUCACCGUCUCCGCGGGAGCACGACAGACUCCUCCCGAUCGCGAACGUCGGCCGGAUUAUGAAAAAGGCCCUCCCAGGGAACGCGAAAAUCUCAAAGGAAGCCAAAGAGACCGUCCAAGAAUGCGUCUCGGAGUUCAUCAGUUUCAUCACAGGCGAGGCCUCCGACAAGUGCCAUAAGGAGAAGCGAAAGACGAUCAACGGCGACGAUUUACUUUGGGCCAUGGCGACGUUAGGGUUCGAAGAUUACGUCGAUCCUCUCAAGGUUUACCUCCAGCGCUUUCGAGAAAUUGAAGGCGAGAAGACUACGCUCGCCUCGCGCGACGGCGGUAGUGGUAGCGCUGCCGCUUCUACAGCUGCGAAUAGUGCGUAUUUUGACGGCGGCGCUGAAUUUGGUGGUGGGAUGGGAACGAUGAUGACGAUGAAUAUGCCUCCAAAUGUUUAUGGUUCUAAUGGGCCGCGUUGGGAUGGGCCUGCGUUUAAUUCUACGGGUCGGCCCAACUAGAUGGCUAGCUUAGCCCAUUGGAUUUGAUUGGGCCCGGCCCAAUAAAUAGUACAUGGGCCACCAUCACCAU